CACAAUACAUAGUUUUUUGUUAGAUUUUAUAAAUAUUCUUCCUAACCUGUAAAAUAUGUUUCUCUAAAAUCAAAUUACGAAACAUCGAUCUGAUGUUGGGUUUGAUAAUCUAUUGUAAGAUAUUUUCAUGGAUUAGGUUAAUUAUAAGAAAUAGGUGGGAUAAAUAAUUAAUAAGAACUAGUCUUUAAUAUAAUGAUAUGAUUAUGAAUCCUCUUUUCAUGUAGUUUUGUCUUCUCUACCUUUUCUCCCCAUUUUUCCUCUCUUUUGCUUUUUUUUUUUGCAGUUUUCCAGCAAAGAGGAGGAAAAAGUGACAACACUUAAAUCUCCUCUGCAUCUUCCUCUUAGAUGCGACGAAGAAACAAGAAAAUCUCUUAAGCUUCUCACUUUGUCAAACAAAUUAAAAAGCACUCUCCUUUAUCUUUCUUGUUUUUAUUUCCUGUAAAAUUCGUUUUUUCUUUUCUUUUCUUCUGUGUAGUGGUCGUACUAAACACGCUGCCUUUUGUAGGUAAAAGCUGUAGAAUCUUAAACCAGCUUUAUCUUCUUUUUUUUAGUUUGGGUUGAAUUCAACUCUCUCUCUCUCUCUUUUUUCCCGGUCCGACCAUCUCUGCAACAUCGUACUUGUUGGAGAGACAAAACUGUCGAAGACCAUCUCCCUUGUCUUCUUCACUACAAGAACUCUCUCUCUCUCUCUCUCUGUCUCCUCUGUACUUCCACUCUCUCUUUUUCCGUAUCUGUCAGCCUUUGAUUCCGCUUUUUUGUUUCUUCACACAUAUACCAUUGUUGCAAGCUCUGCCAUGGAGGAUAGAGGCUUCCUCGCCAUGUAGAUGAAAAAGAAGAUCCCUGAGCUUGAUUCUUCUGGGAAUUUAAUCGAACACUUGGUGAGCUGAUAACAACAUGAAGCAACAAUGGCUGUUCCUGUUCGUGAUCCUCUGUAUGCUCGUCUUGCUUCUUACGGUGGACGCUCGUCACAGACGUCUACUAACCGACGACCAGAGCGAAGCUGCUCUGUUAACGGCGUUUAAGCAAACCUCCGUCAAGUCGGAUCCUCACAACUUUCUGGAUAACUGGAAACACGGGCCCGGCCCACCGGGCCGUGACCCAUGUUCGUGGCGAGGCGUCUCCUGCUACGAAGGCAGAGUCAUCGGCCUAGAUCUACGAAACGCCGGCCUCACCGGAACCCUAAAUCUCAGUAACCUCACGGCGUUAUCGAAUCUCCGGAGCCUAUACCUCUCGAACAAUUCGUUUUCCGAGGAGAUCCCGGAGAUCGAUUUCCCGGCGGCUCUGCAACACCUCGAUCUAUCUCAGAACAACUUCUCCGGCGACUUCUCCCGUCUCAGCUUCGGGCUCUGUAGCAACCUCACCUUCUUCAGCUUAUCGCACAACAACGUCUCCGGGGAGAAAUUUCCGGUGACUCUCUCGAACUGUAAGCUCCUCGAGACGCUGAACCUCUCUCGGAACAGCCUCGCCGGGAAACUCCCCGGCGAGUGGGGGAGUUUCCAGAGCCUGAAACAGCUCUCUCUAUCGCACAACCGAUUCUCCGGCGAGAUUCCGCCGGAGCUUUCUCUCCUCUGCCGAACUCUAGAGGUUCUUGAUCUCUCCGGUAACGGUCUCACCGGCCAGCUCCCGGAGUCUUUCGUCUCUUGUGGGGUAUUACAAAGUCUCAACCUUGGAAACAAUAAGCUCUCCGGCGAGUUUUUAACCACCGUAGUGAGCAAGCUUCCUAGGAUCACUUCUCUUUACUUGCCGUACAACAACAUCUCAGGCUCUGUUCCGCUUUCGCUAGCUAACUGUAGUGAACUUCGAGUUCUUGAUCUUAGCUCAAACGAGUUCACUGGAGAAGUACCGUACGGCUUGUGCACUCCGGUUCUUGAGAAGCUGCUUAUCGCCAACAACUACUUAUCAGGGACUGUUCCUGUAGAGCUAAGUAGCUGCAAGAGCUUGAAGACGAUAGAUCUCAGUUUCAAUGCUCUCGGGGGGCCGAUUCCAAAGGAGAUAUGGACAAUGCCGAAGCUAUCAGACUUAGUUAUGUGGGCGAACAAUCUCACCGGUGAGAUCCCUGACGACAUUUGCGUCGAUGGAGGAAACUUGGAGACUCUGAUCUUGAACAACAAUCUCUUAACCGGUUCUAUACCGGAAUCAAUCUCUAAAUGCACUAAUAUGAUCUGGAUCUCUCUUUCUGGCAACCGCCUUACCGGGAAGAUCCCGGUAGGGAUGGGAAAGCUUGAGAAGCUGGCGAUUCUCCAGCUUGGGGGCAAUUCUUUAACCGGUAACGUCCCUUCCGAGCUUGGGAACUGCAAGAGUCUUAUCUGGCUUGAUCUGAACAGCAACAAUCUAACCGGAGACCUCCCGGCUGAACUAGCUAGCCAAGCCGGGAAGGUAAUGCCUGGAAGCGUCUCUGGUAAACAGUUUGCGUUUGUUAGGAAUGAAGGCGGUACGGACUGCAGAGGUGCAGGUGGUUUAGUUGAGUUUGAAGGCAUUCGUGCAGAGCGGUUAGAGCAUUUCCCAAUGGUUCAUUCUUGUCCUGAGACAAGGAUAUACACAGGCUUGGCUAUGUACACCUUCGACGGGAACGGGAGCAUGAUCUACUUGGACCUUUCGUAUAACGCGGUUUCAGGCUCUAUUCCUGUGAGUUACGGUAACAUGGUUUACCUUCAGGUUUUGAAUCUGGGACAUAACCUGUUAUCCGGAGCCAUACCGGAUAGCUUUGGUGGAUUAAAAGCAAUUGGUGUUCUUGAUCUGUCUCACAAUAACCUCCAAGGCUUCUUACCUGGAUCACUUGGAGGUCUCUCUUUCCUCAGCGACUUAGACGUCUCUAACAACAAUCUAACCGGACCAAUCCCAUUCGGAGGGCAGCUCACAACGUUCCCACUCAAAAGAUACGCAAACAACUCAGGCCUCUGCGGGCUUCCCCUCCCACCUUGCAGCUCUGGUUCCCGCCACCGCCCCACGAGCUCCAACGCUCACCAUAAGAAGCAGAGCAUUGCCACUGGGAUGAUCACCGGCCUUGUGUUUUCUUUCAUGUGUAUGUUGAUGCUUGCUAUAGCGCUUUACCGAGUGAGGAAGGUUCAGAAGAAAGAGAAGAAGAGAGAGAAGUACAUCGAGAGCCUCCCUACCUCUGGUAGCAGCAGCUGGAAGCUCUCUAGCGUCCAUGAGCCGCUAAGCAUCAACGUCGCGACGUUCGAGAAGCCGCUGCGGAAACUCACUUUCGCGCAUCUUUUGGAAGCCACCAACGGGUUUAGCGCCGAUAGUAUGAUUGGUUCAGGAGGGUUUGGAGAUGUUUACAAGGCGAAACUCGGGGAUGGUUCUGUUGUAGCGAUAAAGAAGCUGAUUCAAGUCACGGGACAAGGGGAUAGAGAGUUCAUGGCUGAGAUGGAGACCAUUGGGAAAAUCAAACAUAGAAACCUUGUUCCACUCUUGGGUUACUGCAAGAUUGGGGAAGAGAGGCUUCUCGUCUAUGAGUACAUGAAACACGGAAGCUUAGAGACUGUUCUACACGAGAACACCAAGAGAGGUGGAGUCUUUCUUGACUGGACCGCGAGGAAGAAGAUCGCAACGGGAGCUGCACGUGGGCUAGCGUUCCUUCACCAUAGCUGCAUCCCUCACAUUAUCCACAGAGACAUGAAGUCAAGCAACGUUCUUCUAGACCAAGAUUUCAUGGCUCGCGUCUCGGACUUCGGUAUGGCAAGGCUGGUGAGCGCUCUGGACACGCAUUUGAGCGUGAGCACGCUCGCAGGAACUCCCGGUUACGUUCCACCAGAGUAUUACCAGAGUUUCCGGUGCACGACCAAAGGAGAUGUGUAUAGCUACGGGGUUAUACUUCUGGAGCUUCUCUCGGGGAAGAAACCGAUCGAUCCAGAGGAGUUUGGUGAGGACAACAAUCUCGUGGGAUGGGCUAAACAGCUUUAUAAGGAGAGUAGAGGAGAUGAGAUUCUUGAUUCGGACCUGAUAACUGAAAAAUCUGGCGACGUUGAGCUGUUUCAUUACUUGAAGAUUGCGUCUCAGUGUCUAGACGAUCGACCGUUCAAAAGACCAACUAUGAUUCAAGUGAUGGCGAUGUUCAAAGAGUUUGUUCAGGUCGAUACAGAGAAUGAUGAUAGUCUCGAUGACUUCUCUCUCAAGGAAACUCCUUUGGUGGAAGAACCACGAGAUAAAGAGCCUUAGAAAAAGGCUCGGACUAAGAAGAAGGGCUUUGUUAUCAUCAUACAUGGUUCUAGGCUAUAGAGAAAUACUUUUAUUGUAAAGUUUUUUUUUUGGGAGAAAUAAGAUCUCUUUUGCUUA